AUGGAGUUAAAGGCCGAUGAUAACUUCAAAUGGGAAGAAAGCCCAGGGCUCUAUCAUGGAUGUGGAGUAUGUGGGACAUGUCUUAACAGCCCAAAGGCCAAAAGAGCUUGCUAUGGGAAGCAUACAGAACCUUGCCUGAGGUAUCACCAAACAAUGUUUUGCAUUGGAAACAGCCAUAAAUGCGAUCCUUGCCGCAAGUCAAACGAUCUCCACGAAAAACGGCACAGGGACAUUGCAGAAUUGGUCGAGAAGAUCCAUGAAUUUGACCGAGACGGAGGCCGCACUGUUAAGUUUGUUCGUCGCAUUGGCGGUCCCGAUGGCCCAAUCCUUACUCCCAGAAUUCCGGAGAUGAUGUUAGCCAAGGCUGCCAUUAUGCGCUCGCUUGGCCAAACAAUGUCUCUAAAGGGAACGCCGUCAGCCAAGGAUCGCAGGGCGGAGAAGAAGGCCAAGAAGCUGGAGAAGAGUGUUGCCAAGUCGAUCAAGCGCCAAGUAGGCCGUGCAACAGUUCCGGGAAUCGUCCUUGCAAGCUCCGUCGAACAGGUCAACCAGGCCAUCCACGGUAUCAGCAAGCUUGAAUCUUCUUUGAGCCCCGAGGACGCAGACACCUUCUUCGUAGCCAGCAUCAAACGCUUCCAGGAGUUGGAACAGGAGGCCCAGGAGACCGCCGCCAUCAAACGGGAUGCUCACGGAGGAAGGGAGAAAUCAGCGUCUCCUGGAAAAGAGAAGGCCGAAUAUGGUAACGUCAACAAGUACGAGCUUCCCAUGAUCAAGGAGAUCCUUGACGCGCUCAAUAUCCGCAUCAACAACGGCAACGCGGACAAGGACCGCAAGCAGCUGCUUACGAAGCUUGGAGAGGCCAUCUUCGCCGACCUGGAGCUGGUAUCAAACGAGGCGAGGGAGACCAUGAGGCGCAGCGCAGGCUACUGGCGGUUUGCCAACAGGCGCACCUACAACGCCAUGGUCCGGAACAGCAAGAUCGUGAACUGGGAGACGGGCGAGAAGCUGACGGAAGAGACCCUGCCUGCCCACGAAUCAGAGGAGUAG